UGCAACAACAGAUAGUAUUCAAUUUGGAAAUUAUAUUUUUGACGAAAACAAGGCAGGACUCUUCUUCGAAAUUCUCCGAUGUAUUACAAAAAAUGGCGUAACUAAUAAAGUUUAUGAUUUGAGAGCUAACAUUUUAUACCAUAUAUUUCCACAUGAUGAACUUUUACGAUCUAUUGUACGAGUUGGCUGUCACUGCCACAUAAGGGAAAUGAUCAAUAAAGUACUGACUGACGUAACUAUGGCCGAUGAAAUUCAUAGAUGUUCUAAUGAUCAGUGUAAACGGAUAAUGAAAACAGUACCAAUUAAGUGUAUUCCGUAUUCAUCUCAUUCUGGAGAUUUUGGGGACUUACAAGUACAUAUUGAUGGUUUGAUAAAAUCAUCAUCAUCAGUAUGCAGUUUCAGUAAUUGUGAAGGAAUAUGGAGUAUUAAAACAGUAUUAAAAAGCCACAUUUUAAUUGAAGUUUCAAACAUACCAGAAGAUAAAUUAUUCUAUCAAGAUAAUAAAAAUGGAGACGAAAAUUUAUUAGAUAUACCUGAAGCAGUAUUUGUUGAUGUUGUAUGUAGUUUGGAAAGCAUACCAACAAGAAUCAAUCUUAUAAAUGAUCAUUUUAUACUACGUGGAGCAGCUGUAUUUAUAGGAAACAGAUCUGCUGCAAGGACAGGUUUAGGACAUUAUGUGGCAGUUGCACUAAGAAAUGAUGGACUAUGGGAGGAGUAUGACGAUUUUAAACAGAAACCAGUCAAAAUUUCGAAAAUAACAGAAUGUGCUGUACAAAUUCUUUUAUACACUAAAGAAACUUAAGUAUAACUAUUAGAAUUUGUAAUAUAACUAAUGAUAGUUGGUUUUAAUUUUAAAAAUAAAAAAGCUAUUUCCAUUACGUUGCUACGUUAAUAUGAGGUUUAAAAUUGACGAUGUAAAUAAUAAAAGGUUAAAAAAGCAAUAUAUUUACU